AUGUCCAAGAUUGAGUCUGCUUUAACAGCCUAUUCUAAUGCAUUGAACUGUCACAGGCUGCAAUAUAACUUACCAACGGUAGGGGUCCGCCAAAAAGAGUUUUCUUCACUUCUAAGGCUAUUUCUCCAGAGAGAUUUAGCAGUUGAUCCUCGGAAUGAGAAAAGAGACUUAUUAAUACAUGUAAUAUUGCUUUUGAAUUCGCCCUUUGAGUUUUCUGAAAAUUCAAAACACGAACAGCACCUAUUUUUGUUAGCUGGCCGAAUUCAUCGGUACAUUUCAAAUAAUACUUCGCAUAUUUUGUAUUUGUAUAUUAGGAUGAUGUCUGCUCCAUCUAACAGUGAUGAUAGAAAAAUUAAUGAGUUAAGUAAUGCUUUUAUUUCUGAACUCAAGCGUCUUUGCAGUAAACUUUCAGCUCCUAGGCUGACAGAUAAUUAA